CCCGACUACCAAAAAGGGCACAUACCUAAUUGCCUACUUUGGCUACAUUUCGAUAUUUUGUCAACGGUGUCUUUCACUUCUCUUUUCCACAUUCCCAGUCUACACAACACGACUGAAUACACAAAAUGUUCGACAUAGAUUGGAUGAGCCUUGCGCUCCCGUUCGCAUAUAUUAGUGUUCUAGGAGGUUCCUUGUACACCUUUUCAACGGUUUAUCGAAAACGAAAGGCUUUUGAAAAUGCCAACCUCGAGCCAUGGUUCCCGCCGCACCUACAAAGAAAUAUCUACCUAACUCUGCUUCACAUGGAGCCCGAACCCGGCCAAGAAAAGGCGCCGAAGGUCCCCGAUAGUGUUGUCCGGGCCGCGCUAUUACGAAGAGCCGUCGAGGACAUCCGUCGCAUUAUCCAGGUCCGAACCUCUAAGCAGGCGCUUAACAGCUUGCUGCAGAGGGGUAGUGUUGGCGAGGAUCUGAAUCAAAGAUUCUUAAGAGCUGAGAAGGAAAUCGAAGAGGAACUCCGCGACGUAGUAACAGAGGCAAAUGCUCUCUCUCCCGGCUGGGGCCAGACGAUCUUCCAAUCCGCAAACGAGAUUGCCGCAAAUGCCAUGCUCCGCAAGCGACUCGAGGAGAUCGAGAGUCGCGCGGAGACCGACAAGAAGUGGUGGGAGAAGCGCCGCGAGACUAUUCAGAAGGAAUUCAUGAAGGAGCUGGAAGAGGAGUCGUCGACCAAAGGUUCUGUCAAAGGUAGUGACGACGACGCCGUGCUAGUCGACUCGGGUUCACCCGGUGCAAGCAAGAAGAAGAAGGGCAAGAAAUGAAGGCUUACCUAGUAUCCCGAAGUUUUAAGAGGAGCAGAGAAUCUCUUGUUAGACCGUCUUGCACCGUAGCUAUUAGUCGGUGGCAUAUUUGCAUUGCAUCCGGCGUUCAGGUGUAGGUGUACAAGGGCUAAUGUGCGACAGCACGCUGUAUUUACAUAGGUAGACUACGCGGGCUGCGUGGUAUGUAAGUUGGUACGAAAAAGAAUUAUAACGUGAUUUUGAUUUGAGAA